AUGUAAUUGUCAUUGAUAAAGGUAUGCAGUAUUACAGGGUUGUUUGUGUAUUUUUUGAUAGGUAAGAUAUGUUUGAUGUGUGUUUGGCCAAAUAAUAUUGAAGAAAGUAAUUAUGGAUAUUAAUUUUAGAACAAUUAUUCUUUAUUGUAUCAUUGUAUGUAGUUCACUUGAUUACAUACAUAAUUGUUAAUGGAUUUUAUAUGGCAUGUUAUGAAAGUAAAAGCAAAUACAUAAGUAAAGCAAAAAUUGAAUAAGUAUAAAAGAAUUAUAAAUUUAGAAACCAUGGCCUUGGGAUGGAAAAGAUUCUAAAGUAUGGUAAGAAAUGAAGAGAUUAUAUUGGAAAAAUGUGAUUAUUAAUCAAUUCAUCAUGAUAGGUGUGGCAUAUAGUGCUAGUUGUUUUAAAUUGGAUACUCGUUUUGAUGAAACCUUCCCAACUGUAUUUGAAAUAAGUUGGUAAAUAUUAGUUUUUGGAAUAAUAGAAGAUGUGUUGUUUUAUUUUAGUCAUAGAUUAUUACAUACACCAUAUUUUUAUGGAAAAGUUCAUAAAGUACAUCAUAUUUAUAACAUUACAGGUAAAUUAAUAAUAAAUAUUUUGAUUAGUAUCAUGGUCAGCUGAAUUUGCUCAUCCUUUUGAAUAUAUCUUAGGCAAUUUAAUUCCAGUAAUUGCUGGACCAAUUUUAUUAGGAUAUCAAACACAUAUGAUCACUAUUCUUGUAUUUGUUGGAUUAGCUACUCAUAAAACAUUAUCAGAUCAUUCUGGUUUCAAUUUCCCAUGGGAUGUGUAUCAACAUUUACCUUUAACAACUCAUUCUGAAUUCCACUCCAAACAUCAUAGUUUGAAUACUGGAAAUUACUCAUCGACAUUCACAUAUUUAGAUGAUCUCUUAGGAACAACUAUUAAUAAAUGA